AUGGAAAAUAAAGGUGGAUCCUAGAUAUAUCUAAUAAGACAUGGAGAAAGAGCUGAUUAAGUCAUCAAUCCUAGCAGGAAAAUAGAAUUUGAGAAUGAUACUCAUCUUACUGAGGAAGGUAUGAAUUAAGCAAAUUAGACUGGUCAAUACUUGAGGAAAACAAUUGAAUAUGAGAGACAGGAAAAUAGACCAUUUGAUCAAGUUAUAAUAGAAUCAUCACCAUUCUUAAGAUGUCUUCAAACAGCCUCUUGUAUUGCUUAAUAGAUUGAUAUUAAGGAAAUUAAGGUUAACUUUGGAUUUAGAGAAUGGGUUCCAUCAUAUAUUGAAAAUCCAUUAGGUCUUCUAUAUAUUGAUUUAAAAACUAAAGAUGACCUAUCGAAAGAAGUUGGUGGACUUAGAGUUCUUAUUCCAGAAAACUAUUAGAAUGACAAAGUAUCUGCAAUUAAAGAUUUGAAAUUUCCAGAAACAAUGGAUGAAGCUUCAGACAGAUGCAAAUAUUUGACAUAAGACUUAAUUGAUAUUUACAAGAAAUCUUCUGAUUAGAGAGUGAUGCAUAUAAUUGUAAGUCAUAGGCUGCUUGUCUAAGAAUUUGGCAUUUAAAAUGGUGGAAAUAAUUAUCGCUUCCAAUAUUGUUCUGUCUCAGCAAUUGAAAUUCAACAAGGCGAUCAAGGAACAAGAUUACUUGUUGAUAAUGAAAUAUUCUAUGAAGUUGAUAAAGUAGACUCUGAUGAAGAUGAAUUUGAAGAUGAUAAUCAAAAUAUUGAUGGAAAUUUAGUAUGA